AUGCAGCGGCUGCCAGAUAAGAAUACUCGCAGGGGGAGGGAGGGAAGAGGGGGGAGUGAUCCCAGAGUACAGAGUAUUGGAUUUGGGAGGGGUACAUACCCCACAUAUCAACAUUUGUAUUUUUUUAGAGGGGGAGGGUGGGCAUUGUACGCACGCGUCGUGCCCCUAGGUGCCCCCGAGAAAAGCGUGAUGCGCGGGCGGGGUGAGCUCCCCAAGGCGAGGUUCAUUCUUAUCAUGGACAACUUGCACGCGCAGACCACGGACGAGUUCAAGGAGUAUCUUGCGAAGCACUGCAACACUCUCGCCUGGUAUGGCCCUUCGGAGUGCACAGACGAGAUGCAGCCAGUUGAUGCUGGAGCCGGACGAUUUUUCAAGGUGGAAGUCGGGAGGCAGAUGGACAUAUGGCUCGAGCAGUCGGACAGCCUCGAGAGGUGGGAAACCGCGUCGCUGACAGCUUCUGAUCGGCGCGUCCUGAUCAUUCAGUGGAUGGGAGCGGCCAUGGCAAGACUCAACAGCCAACAGGCGUACCGAUACCGGCUUUUCGAAAAGUGCGGGAUGGCCAUGAUGACCGUGGACGGCCCGGGCGAUGAUCGAAUCACCUUGGAGGGUUUGGACAAGCCGUAUACCUUCGCUAACGAUGAAGACAGUAGCGACGACGAACAAGGUUUGGAGAACGGCAACGAUGAGCCUGAGGGGCGGGCGGAGGAGGGCGAUGGAGGACGUGAGACGCUCAUGGAGGGCGUUGACUCCAGCGAUGAAGACGACGGCGGUAAGUUUGUUUUGCACAAAAC